AUGACAACAAGUCAUCAUACAUCACACUCUGAAGAUGUAUCUCAUACAACACUCAAUGUACAUUAUGAUGAUGAUGUUAGAUCAUUUACAACGUCGAUUGCUAGUCGAUCAUCUGUAUCAACAAUUCGAUCUGGUUCAACAACUACAGAAGUAGGUCAAGAACAAAUCGAUCAAAUACGUGAUGCAUUUGCUGUGUUUGACAAAGAAAUGACAGGUUCAAUUACAACAGAACAAUUUAGUAAAGUUCUCGAAGAUCUUGGAUAUAAUGUUCCUGAAAGUGAACUAAGUACAUUUAUCAAUCAACUUGAUAUUGAUAAAUCAGGAACUAUUGAAUUUGAAGAAUAUCUUAGUUUUAUGUUAACAUUUAUUAAGAAAAAUGUUACAACAGAAGAUAAUCUCAAAGAUGCUUUUAAUCUAUUCGAUCAAAAUGAUGAUGGUUUUAUUGAAGCAAAAGAUUUACGAGAAAUUAUGACAAAUCUAGGUGAAAAAAUUACAGAUGAAGAUAUUGAUGAAAUGAUUCGUGAAGCUGAUAUUGAUAAAGAUUUUAAAGUUAAUUUUUAUGAAUUUCAACGAAUUAUGAGUUUUAGAUGA